AUGUUGAAGAACUUCGUGAGAGAGAACGUGCCUCUCUCUCGAUUCGGUGUUUUAGUCGCACAGUUAGAAUCCAUAGGCGCCUCCGCUUCUCAACAAUCCCCUGACCCUCUCCUGUCUUUCGAUCUCCUCUCUGAUCUCAUCUCCGCCAUCGAUGAAGAGCCACUGGAAUCUAUUUUGUUAUGGCAAAGAAAAUGCGAGGAUGCAUUGUAUUCAUUGCUCAAGCUUGGUGCGCGGCGGCCUGUGCGGCAUUUGGCGUCGGUGGCAAUGGCUAAGAUCAUAUCUAAAGGGGAUACUAUUUCUAUAUACUCGAGAGCGAGUAGUCUACAAGGGUUUCUUUCUGAUGCGAAGAGGAACGAACCUCAAAGAGUUGCCGGUUGCGUAAUGGAUAAGAUUUUCGGUGUUGAAACUCCUUGCGAUAAUGCAUUAAUUGGGGAAAUGAGGUGCUCCCUGUUUGGAUUUAUUGCAGUAAUUGAUUUAAGUUUUUAUUUUAUUGGUAGCAGCUGUGGAUGA